AUGAGUAGGGUAAGAUUGCUCACUAUAUAGAAAGUUAAAGAUUAAAGACCAAAAUAUGUCUUAUAAUUGUAAUUGACUUAAUAAGUUGGAUGGGUUACAGAAUUAAAGAACAAUAAACUCUUAUUAAAAGCAUUUACCAUUAUGUAUCAGAAUAAGUUCAAGGAUUUCAUAGGCAAAAUGGACAACUUGCAAAAGUACUCAAUUAUCAAAUAUCAUAGAAUAAGAGAACUCAUUAAGAAUAAGGUGACAUUUUCUAAGAUAUCAGACUUCUAUGAGGCACAAUACCAUUUAGGGAAGGGGAGUUCUGCAAAAGUGAUACAAAUUAAAGAGAUUGGAGCUGAAUCGGCUAAGUUGGCUGCCAAGGCCAUAGAUAAAAAUUAUCUUUAAAAGAGUCAAUUUGGAAUGUAAGCAUUUUUAAAUGAAGUUGCUAUACUAAACUUUCUUAGUAGAAAAAACAGCAAUUCACCAUUUAUAAAAUUAUACGAAACAUUUGAGGGAGAUCACACAUAUUAUUUAAUUUUAGAUUUGUUGCGUGGAAGAACCUUAGCAGAGGAAAUAGACUUAUUGAAAGUACCAUAUAAUUGAUAAUUAAUUGUGUAGUAAAAGAAGGAAUUGCUCUCUCUAAAGUUAGUAAAACUGAUAAUGUAACAGUUAUUGGAAGGUGUGAGAAUUCUCCAUGAGAAUAAUAUAAUACACAGAGAUCUGAAGCCAGAUAACAUCAUGUUUCGUGAAUAAAAUCAGUAUGAUACUCUUAUCAUAGUGGAUUUCGGAUUGUCAACAUUUACUGAUGUCUCUAAAUACUAAUUCCCAAAAUGUGGAACACCUGGAUAUGUGGCUCCAGAGAUUUUGAAUUUAGUUGAUAGAGACAUAAAAUACGAUAAAGUUUGCGACAUUUUUAGUUGUGGAUGCAUAUUCUAUAAGUUAUUAUUUGGACAUAGUUUAUUUUUUGGCAAUACUUUUAAUGAAGUGUUGGCUUAAAAUAAGAAUUGUAAUUUCGUUCUUGAGGGAAGGGAUAUGGAUAUGAUUUCCAUAGAAGCAUAGAAGUUGUUAAAAAGAAUGCUUGCAAAAAAUCCAGCAGAAAGAAUCACAGCUAAGUAAGCUUUGGAAUCUGAUUUUUUCAAAAAUCCAAUUAUUCAAUCUGCAUAAAACAGUACUAAAAUUAAUUAUUAAUUCUAGUUAUGAAAACGUUUAAAAAUAGUAAUAAUACAAGUAAUAAAAACAUUUUUUAACCAACUGCUGAUGGAUAAUUAUCUGAAGCAGAAUCUCCUUUCUAAAGAGUUUAAAAUAAAUUUAAAAAUUAAAUCGAUUUUGAUGCUGACAUCUCAGAAAAUAAAUCUUCAUUCAUUUAAAUUAAAUAAUUACCACAAGUUAAAAAGCCGUCUUGUGGUAAGAUGGAAGAUUCAUCUUUAGGAAGUUUCUACACCAAAGACCCUCUAAGUAGCUUUAAAAAAUUAAAUGCUAGUAUAAUAUUAUAUUAAAUUAAGUGUCUCUUAAAAAUUUGAGUGAGUCUUAAGAUAAGAAAAUUAAUCAAUAAGAAAUUGAUUAAAUGUAAAGAAUCUCAUUAUUUAAUAGAUAAAAAGAAUAUUGA